CUAGUAGCCGCUCACUCUUCCCGUUAACGUCCUGCUGUCUUUUAUUUAUCGACCCCGCCUUGUGCAAGCGUUCAAAUUGGCGUGCUUAACAGUGUAGUACUUGCAGAAUAGCUGUCUUGUGUUGUGGUCACAUUAAUGGUUUACCAUGGUGGUUACUACUAAGACUGAAGAUGUGCACAUUUCGAUUCGCGUAAACGGAAUCGAUUACACAGACUACUCCGAUACUCGCGUCAGGUGAGACAUUGCAGCACCGUUGCUUUGAUCUUGUGUAUAAAGCAUUGUGAUAAAGCCCAUCGGAAAGGGACAUAAGUGACCAUACAACUCUGAAAGACUAAUAGAAGUAAGCUAUUCCAUCUAUGAAAAGUGAGACUUCAAAGGGACGUAGACCCUUGGUCGUGCGCUCAGACAAGAUGGCAAUCGUGGAUGCUAUUACAACGUCCCCUAUCGUGAAGUCCUUCGUCGCAGGCUCCUUCUCGGGAACCUGCUCCACCAUCCUCUUCCAACCCCUCGAUUUAGUCAAGACCCGCCUGCAGACCACCAUCGCCAUCCCAUCCGGUGGGUCAAUGGGCAUGAUAGCCAUCGUGGGAAGAGUUGUCCGCAAUGAACGCAUUUUUGGACUGUGGAAAGGUGUGACUCCUAGCAUCUUCCGCUGCGUGCCAGGAGUUGGCCUAUAUUUUUCAUCUCUGAAUUGGUUGAAAACUAACUUCUGUGAAGGCCAGCCUGGACCGCUCCAGGCUAUAGCAUUAGGCGUAGUGGCUCGCACUAUCACUGGCGUCACAAUGAUCCCAAUUACAGUCAUCAAAACCAGAUAUGAGAGUGGAGUUUAUAGCUAUGGGAGUGUUCGUGAAGCUAUGCGUUCAAUUUACACCAAGGAAGGGGCAAGAGGCCUGACCUGUGGUUUGAUUCCUACACUUUUACGUGAUGCACCCUUUUCUGGGCUCUAUCUAAUGUUUUAUACACAAACAAAGAAGCGUGUGCCGCAAAUUUACCUUGAGGGUAGCACUGCACCUCCUAUACACUUUACAUGCGGAGUGGUCGCUGGACUAAUGGCCUCCACUGUUACGCAGCCAUUUGAUGUGAUAAAGACCAAGAUGCAACUCUAUCCUCACAAAUUCACAUCCUUCAUGCAAGCUAUUAUUUACGUCCACAAGAAGUACGGGCCACAAGGUUAUUUCAAAGGGCUGGUCCCGAGAAUGUUGCGUCGGACUCUCAUGGCAGCAAUGGCGUGGACGGUGUACGAGCAAAUUACGAAAAGUUUUGGUUUGAAGUAGAGGGCCAUAUUAUAAGGCCAUUUCUAGGAAGGAAAUAACAAUCUGCAGACAGUUCAUCGUUUCACAUCCAAUGCUGAAUUGUACCAUUGCUUGCUUGAGUGAUAGCACAUGGAAAACCUUGUUGGGAUGCAGUCAAGCAGUUUAAUUUUGAAAUCUGUCAUGUCAAGGAUGGUGUUACAUGCUGAUUUUCAUCAUAUGUUGAAAUUAACUUUUCAAAUUGCGGUAUGGAUUUGAAGUUAGGCUCAAGUUUUCUUUUCUGCUGGUGUGCUAAUUGUGGAUGUUUUUGAUUUUCUUUUUUUACUUAUGAAGCUAUAGUACAAUCAGCACUGCAAUUUUAUGAGAUUCAUAUGAAAUGAAUCAACAUUCUGUUGCUAAAACAACAUUGUCUUUUAAUGGCAGUCAGUAUAGGGUUCUACUUUCUGUACUUUAGUUACUGUCCUUUUAUUUAUUUUUGGUUAUGUGAAAGAUCAUACAAAUUUACAAUUAAUGUUGCAUCUCCUUUUUUAAUGUUAGAUCUCGAAAUGUUCAGUUUAUAUGUCCUUUGUUAUAUACAAAAUCCAAAUUCUUUGUAGUUGAUCUCUGGUGGUUAUCAAGCAUACGUGUCAUUCCUACAUCAAAUUCAACUUAAUUUUUUUUUCUCUCUUCUCCUAAACUUUUCCUUUACCCUAAUAUGCACUGCAGAGUUAUAUAUACUGUAUAUGUGGAAUUUGUUAAUAUGCAUCUCAACAUAAUGUACCAUUUCCCAUACCAUAGCCAGCCAAUUCUGGAGGCCUGUGGUGUGGAUCUUUUAAGAAGUAUGAAAAUGGUGCACUAUCUUCUUGACUAACUAGAAUGUACCAAUUGUAAACAUGAUAUAAAAUGUUAUAUUGUGUAUUCUUUUUGCCUCAUUUUCGAGGUAGAAUCUUUUUACAAUAAAUAUUAUUUGUAUACCAUGCUAAUACAGUAAAAAUAGUAUUUUGACUGAAUAGCAUUUGCCUACCUAGAACUAUUCUCAGUUUUGAGAUUCUAUAAUAUUUUGGAAUACUUUUACUACACACUAAACUUAUCUAAAGUAAUUAUUUUGUCCUUUUCCACAAAAUGGAUCAUAAAUAUACAGAGGGUUUGCUCUAGGAAGUAGAUGUAUGUCAGUGUCCCCAAUAAUGUAAGGACUACAUUAGAAGUACAGGAUUGGAACACUUUAAAUAGUAUUGAUUCUUUAAAUCAAAUUCUUUAUUUCAUAUAUCAUUUAAGUUGUAAAAUUUACAGAAAAGCAAGAAGUAAAAUCUUUUGAGAAAAUGGAUAGUUGAAGUCAACAAUUAUUCUCUAGGUCUAGGUUAUUAAUUCAUUAUAGUUCAUAAUUGAAGGACAAUCUUUUAACUUUAACUCAAAAAGAGCUAUCAAAAAUGGUAGUAAAAUAAAGAAUUAUUAGUGGGAGAAUAAAAGUUAAUUGGAAUUGUAUUUUAUGCACAUCACAUGUAAUAAUAGUGCAAAUUUUGCAGAAACCCUUUAAAUUACAUGGACAUAAAUGAAUGUCACUGUAAAAAUAUAAAUCUGCAAAUAUAUAUAGAAAAAGUAGACACACCCAAACAAUUUAAGCAGCAUGCAUCUCUCUCACAAAACACACAAACGUGCACAUGUACACAUGACUAAUGCCCAUACAUAUUACAUCCAACACGUUACAGUUGUUUAAAAAUAUGUAUGUUAAUGAUC